AUGCAUCUCCUGCCCCAGCAGCUCCAGAAGCUGAAGCAACUUUUCCAGCGAAAGCCCAAGGAGGAGGCGGCACCAGAGCCACAGCCCAACGGGGAGCUGGUCAGCCCCUCGGGAGGACCCAUCUACUACAUCUAUGAGGAUGAGGAAGAGGAGGAAGAGGAGGAGGAGCCUGAGCCCCCUCCAGAGCCCGAGAAACUUGUCAACGACAAACCCCACAAGUUCAAAGAUCAUUACUUCAAAAAGCCCAAGUUCUGUGAUGUUUGUGCCCGCAUGAUUGUCCUCAACAACAAAUUUGGUCUGAGGUGCAAGAACUGCAAAACCAACAUCCACCACCACUGCCAGUCCUACGUGGAGAUGCAGCGAUGCUUCGGCAAGAUCGUGACGCCCCCUCUGUGAGUGCGGUCCCCACGGCGGGGUGCCCCAGCUCCUUGCCUCCUGGAGCUGAACCCCCCUCACUGUCCCCCUGCCCCAGCAGCGGCCAACCGGAGCGACCCCGUGUUCGAGACCCUGCGGACCGGCGUCAUCAUGGCCAACAAGGAGCGCAAGAAAGGGCAGGACGACAAGAAAAAUCCUUUGGCUGCUAUGAUGGAUGAGGAACAAGCGGGCAAGCCCGAGGGCGGCACCUCUGAAGGGGACAAGAAGGCUGAGAAGAGCCCAACAGAUGACAAGAGCAAGAAGCCACAGCCAGGUGGCUUUCUGCAGUCUCACUAUUUUGUGGCACUGUAUCGCUUCAAAGCCCUGGAGAAAGAUGACCUGGAUUUCCCGCCAGGGGAGAAGAUCACAGUAGUCGAUGACUCCAACGAGGAGUGGUGGCGGGGGAAGAUAGGUGAAAAAAUCGGCUACUUCCCUCCAAACUUCAUCAUCCGGGUGCGGGCAGGUGAGCGGGUGCACAAGGUGACGCGCUCCUUCGUGGGCAACCGGGAGAUCGGGCAGAUCACGCUCAAGAAGGAUCAG